GAUGAUAGCGCUGAAUUUUGUUAAAAACGAGGCAACAAGGGAUUUCGUUUUAUUGAUCAAACGAACAACAAAAUAAGGUAUUUAGCUAGUGUUAAUCAGUAUCAGAUAAUGGACAAAGCCUUGGGAAUACAAAAACAAAUACGUGAUAAUGCAAAAACAGUAAACAAUUACUUGACCGACUUACAAAAUUGGGAAGUGGAGAUGAAGAGAAAAGAAGCAGCACUCAACGGCCAAUUUGAACAGGACCUCCCACCUGUCCGAAGUAGAGCUAAGAAAGAGAAACCAGUACAAGUGGCAAAGAAAAAGCAAGAGGAAAGAAUCCACUCCUCAGACUACCAGGCAUGGGAGAAAUUUGAUGUUGAGAAAGCAUGUGAAGAGGUAGACAUGGUAGACGUUGGGCCUACAUCACUGGACAGCAAGAGAAGUGAAUCUACCAAACUGGAGAAGCUCAGGGAGGAGGCACAGUAUGAGAAGGAAAGGGGCAACACAUUUGUGAAGCUAGCGAAAUGGGAUGAGGCAAUAGCAUGUUACAACCGCGCAAUAGAGCUGGUCAAGGAUGACGCCAUAUACUACGCCAACAGAGGGCUCUGCUACCUGAAGAAGGACAGCCUCCACCUAGCGGAAAGCGACUGUACGGAAGCGCUCCGCCUGGACCCGACGUAUGUGAAGGCGUUGCAGCGCCGGGCGGCGGCGCGCGAGCGGCUCGGCUCCCUGCGCGCCGCCGCCGCCGACCUCACGCGCGUGCUCGAGCUAGAGCCCAAGAACAACCAGGCCCGGACCCAACUCAGCGCCCUCAAAACCAGAAUGGGAACUAAGGGGUCUAAGUCUAAAUCAUCACCGCCGUCGCCUUUGUCCCCGUCAUCACCUUCGACCCCUGUGAAGGAAACCAAACCGGUCGUGACGAAUAUAGUGGAAGAGAAGCCAGCGAACAAAUUAGAAAGCGCAGAGGACAAGUGGCGAGACGGAAUCGGAGAGAACAUCACUGUCAUCAAACCAGUAAAGAAACCACCACAUCUCAGGUCUAAGAGACCACUUAAACCAAUAACAAUAAAAGAAAUACAACUAGGCAAAACAAUGGUCGAAAAGCCACCAACGCGGCUGAAGAUAGAAGAGAUACCGGACACCAAUGGCAGCACAGACUCAAACAAGACCGACCCAGAGAGGCUGACCAACGAGCGUGGCGACUUCAGCCCAGAGUCCACCAAACUGGUGCAAGAUGCUGUCACCAAAGAGAAGAAUGUGAAGAGUCUAGCGCCACCUGUCAACAGUGUGCAGUUCAUGACCCAGUGGAAGGAGUUGCAAGGGAAUGAAGAUGCUCAGAGUGAUUACUUGAGUAUAAUCGAUCCGUGUAAGAUCCCGUCGAUAUUCGCGAACGCGUUGGAGAGCUCGGUGCUGUCGCAGCUGGUGAGCGCGCUGCACGCGCAUGCGCACAAGUUCUCGCGCGUGACUGCGUACCUGCAGGCGCUGUGUAACGUCAAGCGCUUCUCCGCACUCGCCAUGUUCCUCUCCGUGGAGGACAAACAGCAUUUAAAAAAAAUCCUUGAACACUGUAAAACUGUGGAAAACAGCAGUGACGAGGUAAUCGAGGAUCUGAAGAACAAAUAUGAACUCUAAAGGCAAGGUGUCGCAGUCUAGUUAAAUUUAAAUUGUAGAUCUAUGAGGAAUUGAGGGAGCAUACGGAGGUAUAAGUUUAGUUUAAAAAAAAAUGUAAUGGUGCGUCUUGUGUCAAUUUCCUUAUCGCAAUAUCUUCUUUCCUCUUUAAACUGAGCACUAAAUGUGAUCAGUUUAAAUACCUAUAUUCUCUAUGCCCCUGUACGUCACGCGAUUUAAAACUAUUUCAAUGCAUUAUUGUAGCCAAUUUGACGUCUACGUUGUAUGUAACUUGUUCUAUGCGGCCAACGUUACAGGACGUCUACAUUUUACAGUGGACGUGUUAUGACGUCAUUCAUAUAUUCACUAAUCAUUGGACAACACACACACGCCUUUUAUGCCUGAAGAGGUAAGCAGAGAAGUGAAGCCACUUUUCGAUUUGUGUAUUCUGUCCCAUGAUAUAAUAGUCGCCUAGCAGUGGAGUAGUUAUUCUUUUUUUUAUUGCUUUAAAAGCGGUAAGCGAUACGACCGCCCAUAAACAAUAGAAACACCAUGCAAGAACUUGAAUAACAAAGUACUGUUUGGUAUUCCACUGCGCUUGCCAUCCUAAGACCUUAAAUAUUGUCUUAUGUCCAGUAGUUACACUGGCUACAAUGUUCUUCAAAACAGAACACAACAGUGACUACCCUGCUGCUUGGCGACAGAAAUAGACAUUGCGAUGGUACCUACCCAGGCGGAGUCUCACAUAUGAGACCUAAAACUAGUGGCAACUAAUUAGUAUUCAAUAAGCUCGCGCCUUUACUUACGUCCUACGCAACUAGCUUAUAGAGAUAUGCUAGUGUUUAGUUUGUGUUGAUCGGAGUCCAAACUAGCAUACUAAAUUAAACUCCUAGGAUGGCACUGAGUAAGUCUGUAUUUCCAAUGUUCCAGAGUACGUUAAUAGACAGCGGCGUCCUUAAGUGGUAAUGGUAACAAAUUAGUAGGUGUACUGCAUUAAUAAAGGCGCUUUUAUAUGGGAGGCAUGAUGUGACAGUAGCUGCGCAAGUGUGUGUGUAUUCCUAUACUGGCAUUUAGAUACACCAAUUUCCCACCCUUCGUAACGAAGAGGCCUACUUCAUAACACACCGCAUAGAAAAAGUUACAAAAUUACUUAUAAUAUCUAUUUCAAAUUAGAAUUCAUAUUUCAAUUGUCUAUGUAUGGAAACCAGGUUUUACUUUAUUGUUAAUGUUUUUUAUUACUGGUGCAAUGAGUGAUUUAUGUUGAUUGCUUUAUGGGCUCCUAAUAAACUAUUAAAAAUAU